AUGAAGACUCUUCCUUUCCUAGUUUCACUCUUCUUUCUGUUUUCAUGCUUCCUUUCUCUUGUGUUUUCCUUGGAUGAUCUCCUAGUGCAAUGCCUUGAUGACCAGAGAUCUUCUCUGUUACAACUGCAGCGUGAUCUUUACUAUUCCCCAAAUUUUACUCUCUCUUCCAAAUUUGAGCUUUGGGAUGUCAACACUGACUGUUGUUUGUGGGAGGGAGUUACCUGUGAUGCUUUUGGUCAUGUCAUUGGGCUUGAUCUUAGUUACAAGAACAUUUCAGGAAGCUUUGACUCCAUUUUCGAUCUCCAUCAUCUUCAACACCUUAACCUUGCUGGAAACAACUUUAACACCACUCUGCUUUCCUAUGGGUUUGAUAAACUCCCAAAUCUAACUCAUCUCAACCUUUCAAGCUCAUGUUUCCAUGGCCAAAUUCCAGUGAAGAUCUCAUUCUUAACAAGGUUAGUUUCUCUUGAUCUCUCUAAUCAAGAUGAUUGCUAUCGGAGAUAUUAUCACUUUCUCGACCCACACAAUGGCAUCUACGACUAUGAUCCAUUGCCUUAUGAACUUCAACGACCUCUUAAAUUAGAAAAUCCAGAUUUCAAAACAUUAAUCAAGAAUUUGAGGAAUCUAACAGAGCUUAAUUUGGAUGGAGUGGACAUUUCAUUUCAUAGUAUUAAAUGGUGCAAAACAACAUCUUUAGUACUUUCCAAGCUUCAAGUGUUGAGCAUGUCAAACUGUGGUUUAAAGGGUCCAUUAUGUUCUUCACUCUCCGAACUUGCUUUUCUUUCCAAACUUUUCCUUGGUGGGAACCCAAUCUCUUCUUUACCUCCCAAUUUCUUGGAAAUAUCCUCUCGCCUGGUUUCUCUUAGUUUAGCGAAUUGCGGUUUGAGUGGGUAUUUUCCAACAGAAAUUCUACUAUUGCCAAAAAUCCAAAGCAUUGACCUUUCAGCCAAUUACGAUCUUAUGGGUGAGUUGCCAGAAUUUCCAUCAAACAGUGCUUUACGGAAUUUGUCUCUUUCUGAAACAUAUUUCGGUGGGAAAGUACCUGAAUCAAUAGGUAACCUUAAGUUGUUGACAGAUUUAACUCUUAGUCAUUGUAAUUUUUCGGGACCCAUUCCAUCAUCAAUUGCAAAUCUUAGUCAACUGGUGAACCUGGAUCUAUCAGGUAACAAUCUCAGUGGUUUAAUCCCUCCAUUUCAUAGAUUUGGAGUUCCAAAUCUUGCAUAUCUCCAUUUGGGUGGGAACAGGCUUUCUGGAUCAAUAAGUUCUUCUUUAUUUACCCUUCCAUCAUUACAGGACCAAUCCCGAAAUCUAUCCUUCAACUUCCAAGGCUUGAAUGGCUUUUUCUUGGAGGCAAUAGCUUUAGUUCCAUGA